AUAUAUGAUCAUCCACACCUCUACCUUUCCCAACAACCUCUUCCUAACCUCUUCCUGUUACCAUUGAUCUUCAAUUCUUGAACAUUCAAUCAUGGGUUAUUACAUGUUUUUUCUCACAUUAGUGUGUGUACUCAAUUUCCAUACUAUUGUAAGAGCUCAAGAGAGCAAACUUGAAUCAUACAUUGUCCAUGUUGAGAUGCCUCGGGGCCCAACUGUGAGUGCUCUUACGGAUGAUUUGGAAGGCUGGUACCAGUCAUUUUUGCCCACAACGUUGUCCAGCUCAUCGGUCGAUGGGCCUCACAUCAUCUACUCCUACCACAAUGUUUUCAAAGGCUUUGCGGCCAGACUUUCACCGGAGCAUGUGAAAGAGAUGGAGAAGAAGCCCGGUUUCGUGUCUGCUCGGCCCCAGAAAACACUGCCUCUCCACACAACCCAUUCUCCUAAUUUCUUGGGCUUGAACCAAAACAUGGGAUUUUGGAGGGAUUCCAAUUAUGGAAGAGGUGUGAUCAUUGGUGUGUUGGAUAGUGGCAUAAACCCUGACCACCCGUCGUUUAACGACGAAGGGAUGCCACCUCCGCCUGCCAAGUGGAAGGGCCAGUGCCAGUUCAACUCCACUAUGUGUAACAACAAGCUUAUUGGAGCGAGAUACUUCACAAUAGGGAACGGGACACCGUUGGAUGAGAAUGGCCACGGCACGCACACUGCAAGCACUGCUGCAGGGAAUUUUGUGAGAGGUGCUAAUGUGUUUGGCAAUGCUAAUGGAACUGCAGCGGGAAUUGCACCUCUUGCUCAUAUAGCCAUGUACAAGGUUUGUAUUACGCGUUGCUCGGAGAGUGAUAUUCUAGCUGGAAUGGAUGCUGCAAUAGACGAUGGUGUGGAUAUAAUUUCACUCUCCCUCGGCAGCCCUGCCACAAACUUUUACGACGAUAACGUUGCAGUUGGCGCUUUUAGCGCAGUGGAGAGGGGCAUUUUUGUGAGUUCCGCAGCUGGAAAUAGGGGCCCAUCUCUUGGUUCUAUUGAAAAUGGUGCUCCGUGGCUUCUCACUGUGGGGGCCAGCUCAGUUGACAGGAAAAUUAGGGCAACUGCAGUGCUCGGAAACAAUGAAGAAUUUGACGGCGAAUCCACCUUUCAGCCUGCUGAUUUUUCCUCAACCCUGUUGCCUCUGGUUUACCCUCGGUUGAAUUCUAGCAAUCCUAAUGCCCAAUUUUGCUUGCCAGCAUUAUUGAGAAACAUCGACGUGCAGGGGAAAAUCGUCUUGUGUGAACUAGGUGGAGGAAUAGGGAGAAUCGCAAAGGGCAGUGCGGUACGGAAUGCGGGUGGCGCCGCCAUGAUUCUCAUCAACCAGCAGCCUCAAGGCUACACAACGCUUUCCGAAUCUCACGUUCUUCCAGCCACACACCUCAGUUACGCAGAUGGACUGAAAAUCAAAGCUUAUUUGAAUUCGACAUCAUCCCCAACGGCCACUAUUUCUUUCAAAGGGACUAUAAUUGGCGACGAUCGCGCCCCAGCAGUUGCAUAUUUUUCUGCCAGGGGCCCCAACAUCGCCAGCCUUGGAAUCCUGAAGCCCGACAUUAUUGGCCCCGGCAAUAACAUCCUGGCAGCCUGGCACAUCUCUGUUGAAAAAAACACUAACACGAAAUCCAAUUUCAACAUCAUUUCAGGAACCUCGAUGUCUUGUCCUCACCUCAGCGGUGUCGCAGCCUUGCUAAAAAACGCUCAUCCUGAUUGGUCCCCGGCUGCAAUUAAGUCCGCCAUCAUGACCACCGCCGACCAAGUAAACUUGGCUGGAAAUUUUAUCGAAGAUGAAACUCUAAGACCCGCCUUCGUCUUCGCCGUGGGCUCUGGUCAUGUCAACAUAUUGAAGGCCACGGAUCCAGGCCUGGUAUACGAAAUCCAGCCACAAGACUACGUGCCUUAUCUAUGUGGAUUGAAUUAUACAGACCAACAGGUGGAAAUAAUCGCGAACCGUCCUGUCAGGUGCUCCGAAAUUUCGAGCAUAUCUGAAGCAGAGUUGAACUAUCCUUCGUUUACAGCUUUGCUUGGAACCGGAAAUACUUCCGAGACAUAUAACAGGACGGUUACCAACGUUGGCGAAGCUAACUCGGUUUACACUGUCGAAACCGGAGGAUUGCCAGGCGUUGACAUGAGGGUUGAGCCCAGUACUCUACAGUUUUCCGGGGUGAACCAGAGGCUAACUUACCAAGUGACGUUCAGCAGAUUGGCCAACGCAAGAAGUGAUAUAGUUGUUCGAGGAUUUCUUACAUGGACCUCUGCCAGGCACUCUGUCCGAAGUCCCCUUGUCGUUAUAUUCGAAUGAUAUUAUACUUUUCUCAGGGAAUCUUGGUAUUAACAAGAUAUAUAUAAAGUUGUAUUGUAUUGGGUGAAUUAUUACGCUCAGUUCUUGGUGUAAGUUCAGAGUAACAAAAAUUGUUCAUUUCUUUUCUCU